GGAUACUCUGAACAGAUGGAAGCCCAAGACCACUUCGCUCAAACAUUUGAUCUGUCUCGUCCAGAGCAGGCAAUGUCCUCGUACCAGAGACUCAUGCAUCAACACACCAAGCAGCAAUUCGAGAUGGCGACCUCGUCUAGCCGCCGAAGGUCC